ACAACCCCGUGAUGGGGAGGGCUGGCCUCCAAGUCCCCACACCCUGUGUAUCUGUCUGUUGGGCCGGAAUCGAGGUCCCUGCAUCUGCACAGCCAGGGCCAGAGAGAGGAGACAGCAUGACCCCCACCCUCAUGGCCCUGCUCUGUCUCGGGCUGAGUGUGGGCCCCAGGACCCGAGUGCAUGCAGGGACCCUCCCCAAACCCACCAUCAGGGCUGAGCCAAGCUCUGCGAUCCCCUGGGGGACCCCUGUGACCAUCUGGUGUCAGGGGAGCCUGGAGGCCCGGGAGUACCGCCUGCUUAAAAAUGAGGGAGACUUAUGGACCUGGAUCACACAGGGAAACUUAUGGACCUGGGUCACACAGAAGCCACUGGAGCCCGGGGACAAGGCUGACUUCUCCACCGCAUACAUGACAGACAGUUCUGCAGGACGAUAUCACUGUCGCUAUCUCAGUCCCACUGGCUGGUCAGAGCUCAGUGACCCCCUGGAGCUGGUGGUGACAGGAGUCUAUAGCAAACCGAGCCUCUCAGCCCUGCCCAGCCCUGUCGUGACCUCAGGAGGGAACGUGACCCUCCAGUGUGCCUCAUGGAUGACAUUCUACAGGUUUGUCCUGAUGAAGGAAGGAGAACGCCAGCCCUCCUCGACCCUGGACUCCCAGCGAGCCCCCAGUGGGCAGUUCCAGGCUCUGUUCCCUGUGAGCUCCAUGACCCCCAGCCUCAGGAGGACGUUCAGAUGCUAUGGUUAUUACAGCCACAGCCCCCACGUGUGGUCCUACCCCAGUGACCCCCUGGAGCUGCUGGUCUCAGGUGUGUCGGGGAAGCCCUCCCUCCUGGCCCCGCAGGGCCCUGUCGUGACCUCUGGACAGAGCCUGACCCUCCAGUGUCGCUCUGAUGUCAGCUAUGACAGAUUCGCUCUGUCCAAGGAGGGCGCAGGUGACCCUCCCCAGUACCUUGGCCGGCAGCUCCAGGGUGGGCUCUCUGGGGCAGACUUCGCCCUGGGCCCUGUGAGACCCUCCCUCGGGGGCCGGUACACGUGCUUUGGUGGACACAGCCUCUCCCCCGAGUGGUCGGCCCCCAGUGACCCCCUGGACAUCCUGGUCGCAGGACAGCUCCCCUACACACCCUCCCUCUCCGUGCAGCCGGGACCCACGGUGACCUCAGGAGAGAAUGUGACCCUGUGGUGUCAGUCACAGAGUGCUGUGGACACGUUCCUUCUGUCCAAGGAAGGGGCAGCCGGUCCCCCCCUGCGUCUUAGAUCGAAGUCCCAAACCGGGCAGCACCAGGCUGAGUUCUCCGUGAGUCCUGUGACCUCAGCCCACGGGGGGACCUACAGGUGCUACGGCUCCUCCAUCACCGCCCCCCACCUGCUGUCACAGCCCAGUGACCCCCUAGAGCUGCGGGUCUCAGAUUCCCCUAGAGACCCCGGCCCCCCACCCACAGGGCCAGGCUCCACAGCUGGUCCCCACUGGUACCUGUACGUCCUCAUCGGGGCCGCGGUGGCCUUCGUCCUGCUGCUCGGCCUCCUCGUCCUCCUCCUGGUCCGAUACCGGCGUCGGGGCAAAGGCAGGAAGCGGGAUGCUGCCGUGGGAGACACACAGCCUGAGGAGGGGGUGCAGCUGGAGCAUCGGGCUGCUGCAUCUGACGUCCCAGAGGAUGUGACCUACGCCCAGCUGAACCGCUUGACCCUCAGACGGGAGACAAGUUCAUCCCCUCCCUGCCAAUCAGGGGAGCCCCCAGCAGAGCCCAGCGUGUAUGCUGCUCUGGCCAUCCACUAGCCCAGGAAGGACGCAGACCCCACACUCCAGGGAGGGGGACCGCAGGGACCCUGGAGGGCACAGGAGCUGCCCACAGCGCGUGCCACCUAAUGACCCCAGCCAGCCUGGACUCCUCACGCGGACCAGUAGGAGCCCCCGGGACCCUCUGGGAGUCGCCAGAUUCUGCCGUCGAAGAGAGUAAUAUCCCUACACCGUGGGAAUCAAAGAACGGACUACUCAACAAUCCAUGAUGAAAUGAGAAAACCAAAAUGAAAAUGAGAGAAUGUUUACACUGAAGGACAAUGGAAAUGUUAAACAUCAAACCUAUGAGAUGGGAAAAUGAAGAACUAAGAACUAAUAUAUUAGAACAGAAAAAGCCUUCAAAAAUUAGUGACAUACCUAUUAUAUCAAGAACGUCGAGAAAGAAGAGCAACUUAUUUCAAAUAAAGGUAGAAGGGGAAAUAGUAAGGACACAGCUAGCUACUAAUGAGGACACAUAAAAAAAGAGAGAAAAUCAAUAAAGCUAAAAAUGUUCAUUUUUGUAAACAAGGGUCACAUUUUUAAAUCCUAGCCACAGCAGCCAAGAAUGAGAGAGAGAGAGAGAGAGAGAGAGAGAGAGAGAGAGAGAGAGAGGAGGCACACAUCACCAUUUGAAUGGCAUCACAUCCUACACACUUUAAAUUGAUAUCAGCAUAAAAUAGUUCAUAAUGUUCUGUUAUGAGACAAUGUAGACGAACUGGAUAAAAUCCUCAAAAUGGAAGCUACUACGAUGAUGGAGAAGGGACUGUGAUCAAACCACCCCCCAACUGAAGUGUGUGGAAUCUGAGGGAAAUGGCGCGCAGAGCGGUGGCCACCAGGGCUGAGGGGUGGAAAUGGGGAAGUGCUGAUCAAGAUUAUGGCUACAGAUAACGUCUAUGCGGUUAUAAGACCUCAAGUUCGGAGGAUCUGAUGUACAGCCUGGUGACCACAGCUCAAAACACUGUAGCAUAUUCUCGAAUGUUGCAAAGAGCGUACACCUCAAUGUUCUCGACGCAUAUAAGAAAGGCAACUAUGUUAUGAGAUGGAAGUGUGAGCUAAUGGCAUGGGGAUAAUUCUGUAACACACGAAUGUGUCUGUUGAGGCUUCAUUGGCAAUUUCCUCCAAAGCUUUGCACUUAGGAAACACACAUACUCUUAAGCCCACAUGGAUACAAUGCAUACAUACUCACAUGCACACACAUGCACACACUCACAUGCAUACAGUCACACACGCAUGCACACACAUGCACACACACACCACAAAAUUAUACAAACCCUCCCUGAGAAUAAAAAAAGAAGAAGCAAUAUUGUAUAGGGCCAAGAAGAAAUUCACACCAAAACUAGAGAAGGAAAUUACAGAAUGGAAAAGGCGCAGAAAGUUCUCUCACAUAAACGUAGAUGUAAAUCUCUAAACUAAACGUUCACAAAUAAGAUUCAGCAAUGUAUAAAAAGGACACUACAUCAUGACCACCCUGGUGGGGGGGAGACAGAGUAGCUUAAAAAUUUAAAACUCGAUCGAUAUAAUCCAAUACAUUAACAGUAUAAGUAAAAAACGACCAUCUCACAAACCAGAGGGCAGGGGGAUGGGGAGAUGGGUGAAAGAGGGGAAGGGGAUUAAUAUGUACAAACUUCCAGUUGCAUAUUAAAUGAGCCAGGGGAUGUGAAAUACAGCUUAGGGAAUACAAUCGGUAUUGUUGUAAUAAUUUUUUGUGUGACACACGGUAACUGCACAUCUUAUAGUGAGCAUUGCAUAAUGUAUAUAAAUGUUGACUCACAUUGGACUAAUAUGUCAACUACACUUUAAUAACUUAAAAAUAAAUAAUUUCAACAGAUGCAGACAAAGCUUUUGAUAAAACACAUCAACAAUUCGUAAUGAAAACAAAAACUCAUCAGAAAUAAAAAGGUGUUUCCUACAA